AUGCCAUCUCUUACUCUACCUGAGACUAUGAAGAUUGUACAUCAACUCGAUCCUAAUUCUACAACCUUGACUAUGGAAGAAGCGCCACUGCCAAGGCCAUCGCAUCCAGAAGACUGCCUGAUCCAGGUGUAUACGACCUCGCCCUGUGUUGGGGAACUACAUUGGCAGGKUUGGUUUCCCAAUAUUGUUCCGGCAGGUAGCCCAAGAGUCCCCGGUACUGAAGCCGCUGGGGUUAUAGUACAAGUUCCGCAGGGAGAUGCCGCUCAGACUUCAGGUUUCAAGGUCGGCGACAGGGUUUUCUUCCGGGUCGAGCCGGAACAAACUGGACAUUUACGUCAGUAUUCCUUAGCGAGAUUAUCGCAGAUAGCACACAUGCCCUCGAAUAUGGGAUGGAUCGAGGCCGGGUCAACCGCGCUCAGCUCCUUGACAGCAUGGCAAGGCGUCUUCCAGCACGGUAUUUUAGAUGCCAGGGCAAUAUUCGGAGAUACUGCAGCCCGAAAAAGCAACCAGAAGGUUAGCAUUCUCAUUACUGGCGCUUCCGGGGUUGUUGGAGGCUGGGCAGUCUAUUUGGCUGCUCUGGCAGGCGCUGGGCGAAUUGUUGCCUUGUGCGAUAGUCUCAAUACAGCACAUGUUAAAGGGCUAGGUGCUACAGAAGCUAUUGACUACAAGAAAGAAAGUGUUGAAGAUUGGGUUGCAAAAAACCGGGCCACACGAGAAGUGGAUUUUUGUUUUGACUGCGUUGGAGGGAAGACGCUCGGAGCAUGCUGGUCGGCUGUGAGAGAGGGAGGAGUCCUCCUUAGUAUCACCGGCGAUCCUGAAAAAGAGAAGCCUGACUCGUCCACUAAGACUCUGGAAAUAGCAAAAUGGAUGCUUGUUGCGCCCAACGGUCAGCAUCUGCAGCUGAUUUCCGAGUUGAUUGCCAAAGAAGGAAAGUGCGUUACAAAGGUGGAUAGUGUUCUAGACUUUGGAGAUUUUCAGCAGGCAUUUGACAAAGUUGAGGCAAGAAAAGCUAAUGGAAAAGUUGUAAUCAGAGUCGCUGAUAUGUAA